UUAUUAUAUGUGAAGCAGAGCAAAAGCAAAAAAAUCUAGAAGAAGAAGAAGGAGAAGGAGAGGGAGAAGAGUGAGUGGAGCUGCAAUGGCGGAUUCUCACUCUCUCAACAAUCAGCUGUCGAGACACACUUCUAUAUUUGGUUUGCGUUUAUGGGUCGUUCUCGGCGUUUGCGUUGGAGCCGCGAUCGUUCUUUUACUCGUUCUCAUCUCUCUCUGGUUUAUUUACCGACGAAGCAACAAGGACAAGUCUCUUGACUCUUCUUCUUCUAAGUCAAACCAUACGAUUGUUCCCGUUGUUUCUAAGGAGAUUCAAGAGAUUCGGGUCGACCCGUCUCGACCACCGACUCAUCCCGACCCAACUCCGGAGACAGACCAAGCUGUGACUAAACAAAGAGAAGACGAUACCAAAAUCCACAUCGAAAUUGGAAAAGAUCAUCGGAUUUCUUACCCGGAAAGAGGUGGUUGGACUGGUUCCGGGUCUGGGUCCGGGUCGGGUGAUCAGGGUUUACUCAUGUCGUCGGGUCCUGAGGUUUCUCAUUUAGGUUGGGGGCAUUGGUAUACGUUGAGAGAGCUUGAGGUUUCUACUAAUGGAUUCGCCGACGAGAAUGUGAUCGGACAAGGAGGGUAUGGGAUUGUGUAUAGAGGUGUUCUUGAGGACAAAUCAAUGGUGGCUAUAAAGAAUCUGCUCAACAACAAAGGACAAGCUGAGAGAGAAUUCAAAGUUGAAGUUGAAGCUAUAGGACGAGUGAGACACAAGAAUCUGGUGAGAUUGCUUGGUUAUUGCGUUGAAGGAGCUCAUAGGAUGUUAGUUUACGAAUAUGUUGAUAAUGGGAAUUUAGAACAGUGGCUUCAUGGUGGUGGUUUGGGAUUUAAGAGUCCUCUUACUUGGGAAAUUAGAAUGAACAUUGUUCUUGGAACAGCUAAAGGGUUGAUGUAUUUACACGAAGGUCUAGAGCCUAAGGUUGUUCACCGCGAUAUCAAAUCGAGUAAUAUCUUGCUUGACAAGCAAUGGAACUCGAAAGUUUCCGACUUUGGCCUAGCUAAGCUCUUGGGUUCAGAGAUGAGCUAUGUGACUACUCGUGUGAUGGGUACGUUUGGAUAUGUGGCUCCUGAAUACGCGAGUACCGGGAUGUUGAAUGAGAGGAGCGAUAUAUAUAGCUUUGGUGUUCUGGUUAUGGAGAUCAUUUCAGGGAGGAGUCCCGUGGAUUACAGCCGGGCUCCAGGAGAAGUGAAUCUUGUGGAAUGGUUGAAGAGAAUGGUCACGAAUCGAGAAGCAGAAGGGGUUUUGGAUCCGAGGAUGAUUGAGAAACCGUCGUUGAGGUCAUUAAAGCGUACCCUUUUGGUAGCGUUAAGAUGUGUUGAUCCUAAUGCUCAGAAGAGACCAAAGAUGGGUCAUAUCAUUCACAUGCUUGAAGCAGAGGACUUAAACUCUAAAGAUGAUCGAAGAAACUCCAGUGGAGGAGGAGGUGUAGAACCAGAAAGGUCACCGCGGAGGAAGACAGUUGUGAAUGAAUCAGCCGAUGAGAGUGGUGAUUCUGCUCUGAUCAACAAUGACCAAUUAGCUUUGGAGAAGAAGGAAAGUCAGUAAAAGAGAGAUGCUUUGGCAUAAUAAUUUUGUAAACUGUAUUUAGAAGUUUUGUGUGUAUGU